GAGGAGACAUGGCAGUGCCGAAUGUGGUGUUCUCCGACGUGGAAAGUUUCUUGGACUCGCAUCCCGAGUUAUUCGAGGAAUACCUGAACAGAAAGGGGAAUUAUAGCAUGGUGGAGAAAUGGCUCAAGACCCACCACCAGGCGGGCAAAGGUCCGGUGGCGGCAGCGGCGGCGGCUCCUGGCGCCGAGACCCGGGAGGACAAGUCCGGCUUGGGGGAGGACAGCAGCUGGGCGAGCAAGUGCGACGGGCUGAAGCGGAGAACCUCGCAGAAGGAGCUGCGCAAAACUUUCGCCAGGUCCAAGGCCAUGAACGUGAACCGGACCUACGACGAGCAUGUGAACUCCAGGGCCCAGGAGCCGCUGACCAGCAUGAGGAGGAGAGCUCUGCUGAGGAAGGCGAGCUCCUUGCCCCCGACCACCGCGCACAUCCUCAGCGCCCUGCUGGAGUCCAGGGUCAACAUCCCCCAGUACCCGUCCACAGCCGUGGACUUCAAGUAUUACCUCAAGGAACACAACGAGAGGGAGUUCUUCCUGGAGCUGGUGAAGGACAUCUCCAACGACCUGGAUCUAACGAGCCUGAGCUACAAGAUCCUGGUGUUUGUUUGCAUCAUGGUGGACGCGGACCGCUGCUCCUUGUUCCUGGUGGAGGGGACCGGCAACAAGAAGACACUGGUGUCCAAGUUCUUUGACGUGCACGCAGGAACCACAGUUUUGCCCUCGAUGAAAUCAGGCGAAGUGCAGGUGCCUUGGGGGAAAGGGAUCAUUGGAUACGUGGCCGAGCACGGAGAGACCGUGAACAUCCCUGACGCCUAUCAGGAUAGUCGGUUCAGUGAGGAAAUCGACAAGCUGACAGGCUAUAAAACCAGGUCGCUCCUCUGCAUGCCCAUUCACAACAGCGACGGAGAGAUCAUUGGAGUCGCUCAGGCCAUCAACAAGAACUCAAGUGGACAACUCUUCACUGAAGAUAAUGAAAAGGUGCUGCAGAUGUACCUGCCAUUUUGUGGUAUCGCAAUCUCCAAUGCCCAACUCUUCGCAGCCUCAAGGAAGGAGUAUGACAGGAGUCGGUCACUCCUGGAGGUCGUCAAUGAUCUGUUUGAGGAGCAGACCGACCUGGAGAAGAUUGUCAGGAAGAUCAUGCACCGUGCCCAGACAUUGCUUAAGUGCGAGCGCUGCUCUGUUCAAUUGCUGGAGGAUAUUGAGUCACCGGUGGUGAAGUUCACCAAGUCAUUUGAGCUGCUGUCUCCUAAGUGUAGUGCAGACACUGGAAACAGUUUUAAAGACAGUAUGGAGAAAUCCUCUUACUCAGACUGGCUCAUCAACAACAGCAUUGCGGAGCUGGUUGCCUCCACUGGACUCCCUGUGAACAUUAGCGACGCCUAUCAGGAUCCACGCUUUGAUGCUGAGGCAGACCAGUUCUCGGACUUUCACAUCCGCUCUGUGCUUUGUGUCCCGAUAUGGAACAGCAAUCACCAAAUCAUUGGUGUCGCUCAAGUUCUGAACAGGCUUGACCGGAAACCAUUUUAUGAUGCAGACCAGCGUCUCUUUGAGGCGUUUGUGAUCUUUUGUGGACUGGGCAUCAACAACACUAUCAUGUACGACCAGGUGAAGAAGUCUUGGGCCAAACAGUCCGUGGCUUUGGAUGUGCUGUCUUACCAUGCCACUUGCUCCAAGACUGAAGUUGACAAAUUCAAGGCUGCUAACAUCCCCCUGGUUUGCGAGCUGGGCAUCGACAAGCUGUCCUUUGACGAUUUCUCUCUGGACGUUGACGCCAUGAUAACAGCCGCGCUGAGGAUGUUCAUGGAGCUGGGAAUGCUGCAGAAAUUCAAGAUUGACUACGAGACGCUGUGCAGAUGGCUGCUGACUGUCAGAAAGAACUACAGAAUGGUCCUUUACCACAACUGGAGACACGCCUUCAACGUCUGCCAGUGCAUGUUUGCCAUGUUAACGACGGCGGGCUUCCAGGAGACUCUGACAGAGGUGGAGAUCUUAGCGCUUAUAGUCGGCUGUGUGUGCCACGACUUGGACCACAGGGGCACCAACAACGCUUUUCAGGCAAAGACUGGCUCAGCCCUUGCUCUGCUUUAUGGGACCUCUGCUACACUGGAGCACCACCACUUCAACCACGCUGUUAUGAUCCUGCAGAGUGAGGGUCACAACAUCUUCUCCAACCUGUCGUCCACGGAGUACGGAGACCUCAUGCAGCUGCUCAAACAGUCCAUCCUGGCCACAGACCUCACACUCUACUUUGAGAACAGAAACACGUUCUUUGAGCUGGUCAGCAAAGGAGAAUACAACUGGAAUGUAAAGGCUCAUAGAGACAUGUGCAGGUCCAUGAUGAUGACGGCGUGUGAUCUCGGUGCUGUCACUAAACCUUGGGAAAUAUCACGCAAGGUGGCAGAGUUGGUGACCAGCGAGUUCUUCGAGCAGGGGGACCGAGAGAGAUCGGAGCUGAAGCUCACACCCUCGGCCAUCUUUGAUCGGAACCGGAAGGACGAGUUGCCGGGGCUACAGCUGGAGUGGAUUGACGGAAUUUGCGCGCCGCUGUACGAGACUCUGGUCAAGUUGAAUCCCAAACUCCAGCCGAUGCUCGACAUGAUCACAGCGAACAGGGACAAAUGGGAGGAGCUGAACAAGAAGAGACAACGUAGCGUGUCUGGGUCGUCCAGCCAGGGCAGCGUGGACGGCACAGAAACCAGCGGCUGCACCGGGGUCAAACCCGGCAGCUCACCCUGCUGCAGCGGUGGCGACGCCGACGGCACAACCUCCAAACCUGUUAGUUAGCUUCUGUCGCCACCUGCGAGUUGAUGUCUUAAGCUUCUUUCCUCUUAAAUGCAGCCUGCAAACAGAGGCAGUGCAGUGCAUGCAGAGGUUGUUGGGCUCUGCUCCUCUUCGCUUUUGCUACUAGAGACGAGCUUUAGACUUGAGUGCGGCGCUAUCAUAGAGGUUUUUCUGCUCCCUUCAGUCUUCCCGUUGUGCUGAGGGCUGACAGAGCUGUGUUUGGCACGCUUGUCGGAGCAGCUACGAAAUCAGCUGAUGACACCAUGUCAGGGAGGAAACUCAAAGCACUGUGUCAACAUGUCAACCAGUGAGCUAACUCCAACUAUUCUGGCCAUUGCACCCAUUUUCUGCACAAAAAGGCAUGAAGAAUAUGGCAGAGGAACAUUCGCCUCUGCUGUGGUUGGUUUUCUCGCUCCCGGUAUCUCCUUGUUGCUCACAUUUUGUCCGGGGUGACAGAGAUCUGUUUUUGUAAAUUUGUACAUAGGCCAGUUGAGUUAAGUGCUGUUUGAAAAGGCUCUGGAUUGUAUGGCUGCCGAGUCUCUGAAGGAUAAAGCGGUGCAGGAACAGCAGGACCUGUGACAAUGCUUGCAAUGCAAAUUGAGUGCUCCGCUCCCCCCCCUUCCUGUGCCUUGUUUUAAGAUCCUAAUGGAAAUGCAUGGCCUCCUCACCCUAGAUUCUUAGAUAGUAUGGAAAUCCAUGUUGAACCAUGACGUCGUGUUUCUUUUGCCAGAAUUUGUAAACCAAUGACUGCAGUUUUGUCUCGACCCCAUGUUAGCCACAACGCACUGACAUUAUAUAUACAUAUGGAAAUUCUAUUUUGCCCAGUUUUAUAAAUGCAGGGUCUCACUUGUCACACAAACACAUACACACACACACAAUGUGCCUUGAUGAAGAUAUUCUGGAAUCAUAGAUAAAUACAUUUCUACCCAUCUACUGAUUAAACACUGACAGCUCAAACAUAAAGUAACACACAGUAGUUCCUAAUGCAACAGAAAUACACCAAAGUUCUCAGGAAAACACUUACUCGCUUUCUGUUGGUCUCAAAUCUGCUAACAGCCACGUAGCUUAGCAUAAAGACUGGAAACAAAGGGAAACAGCUAGCCAAGCUCUGUCCAAAGGAAGUACAGCAAAAUCGGCUGCCUCUAAAACUCAUUAACACUUUAUCUUGUCUAGUUUUCAAACGACUAUUUGCUGCUGUACAAGAUGUUGCGUUUGCCAGCACCAACAUUUUUUUGUCUUGCCAAGAAACACUUCAAUACAUUAUCUGUCAAAAAACAGCAAAUUGUCCCUUUCAUACAUCUUGUUUGAUACUUUUUAAAUAAAGUAGAUUCAAUGUGUUAAUUAAUGAGCUAUAGAGGAGUUGGUAGACGGAUUAUGUUCCACAGGCUGCAAAAAAAGAUGGACGACGAAUCCCCUUUUCCUCCCACUAUUCCGACAUGAAGCCGAAGUAUCCCGAACGCUGCCAUCUUGCACAGAUCACGUCGUUUCAGUCCAGAGACAGGAUCGCGAGGUCCCAUUCAAAAAUGAACACUUGAACAAUCAGUGAGAUAGGAACUACCUUAAGGCCUGCAGUACCACCAGCAAUUGUGGGGGGGCAGUGCAGCCAAUAGUUCAAGAGAGACAGCCAUAGGACUCGGUGAAGACAUUUAAACAAAGAAUUCAUUGUCCAGGAACAUUAUCACAUCCGCCUCCACCGUUUAUUAUAAGAAACUCCACACUCUGCGCUGCCCUCUAGUGGAUGUGUGACUUAACAACCAUGCCAUAGUAAAAGACACCUGGAAGUAUGUGGGCAUUGAUGGUGACAUCGUUUGAAAUGGACAAACCUCUAUUUAUACACAUGGGCAGCAUAAACAAGCCAUAGCAUUGAGGAGGCAGGGUUUAUGAUCCAUACCACAUCCAGCCAGCAGGAGGCGAUCGAGACCCUUUGGCUUCACUUAAAGGAAGCGGUCAUGUCGUCCAUCUUUAUUUACAGUUUAUGGUUGUACAGGACCAGGCUAGUUUGCUCACUGUAGCAUUAUUUAACGGACAGAUAUGAGGCUUAUAUCCCCUCGUUUAACCUUUUCUCAGAAAGCGAAUAUGUGAAUUUCCUGAGACUUUUCCUUUUUUUGUGUCUUUUCUCAAAGCUCACUAAUUUAAUAGAGGACUGAAGACUUGUAGUACUGAAGAGCCCAGUCACCAACUGUUAUUUUCCUUUGAUGGUUAUAAUUCUAAGUAUUUUUUAAAUGGGGGCAUGUAUGCCUUAUGAAUUGUGUUGUACCUUUGUUAAUUGGAGUUGUGUUAAUUGGACUGUGUCAUCGUGUGGCAUGGAUCUGUGUGCUCCACUGUAUUUUAGUUGAAGAGCUAAAUUGAAGUCAACCAGAAGAAUUAUGAAUUGCAUGUUUUAUGCAGUAUUAAAUCCAACCACUUGCUAAUGUAGCAAACAUGUGAGCCGACAAAUACCUCGUACUUUGAACUUCACCAGUAAAACACACUAUCUCAUCGGGAGAAAUGCAUGACUUAAAUUCUAUUGCAUCAUGUUACGUGAAUUAUGGAUAUCGUUGUUCUAUUUUUCUAUUAGGUCUCCAGACGUGGCCGACUUCUACUCGUCUUUUUUGCAAUGUGACGUGCUUCUUGUAUUUCUUCUCCCCUCUCAGUUUGGACUCUGGAUUUAUUUACGGCAGGCUAAACUGAAGGAAUCUUUAAGGCAUGAAAAGGCAAAUGUGCAAUGUUUCUGUUCAGAGUUUAAAUAAAAAGAUGCUGCUA